AUGCCCCGGUUUUCCCUAGAGAUUGUAGUCUUCUUUGGGCGAGGCUGUACUGCACGCAAGCGCUGUUGGGAGAACUCCUGCCGGGGAAGGGGCUCGGGUAAAACGGCUGAAUAUUUAGCUUCGAUAUUCGGGACUGAGAAGGACAAGGUUAACUGCUCUUUUUACUUUAAGAUCGGGGCCUGCCGGCACGGGGACCAGUACUCCCGGCUUCACAACAAGCCGACUUUCACCCAGGAGGUGUUCACGGAACUGCAGGAGAAGUAUGGGGAGAUCGAAGAGAUGAAUGUGUGAGACAACCUCGGGGACCACCUCGUGGGCAACGUCUAUGUCAAGUUCCGGCGGGAGGAAGAUGCAGAGCGGGCUGUGGCUGAACUCAAUAACCGUUCAAUGGGCAAGCUGCACGCCGAGCUGUCUCACGUCACCGACUUCCGGGAGUCAUGCUGUUGCCAGUAUGAGAUGGGGGAAUGUACCCGAGGUGGCUUCUGCAACUUCAUGCAUCUUCGGCCCAUUUCCCAAAACCUCAGGCCCCGCUCUAUGGCGGGGACCCACGUGCAGGUCACCGCCGAGGUCCCAUACUGGCCACCGUCCCCGAGAGAGAAACCGCCGGCAUUCCCCAGAUCACCGGCAUGGCCGCUUCUGAGGACCUGGCUGCCUUACCCUUCGCCACCCACAGGAACAGAUGUUCCUGGCAGGACCUCUCCUCAAAGCCCCCUUCACUUUCCUGCCCUGUCUAUCCCUGGCUCCCGGGCUCCAUAAUGUAAUCUGCUCAACAUGGAGACCUUCUUCUACCACCCCUCUCAAUAAAGUACCAUAUAGCAAA